UAUCUAUAAAUUCUCAAUGUGAGGAUACGACGAUAUGUUGAAUAUUAAUUUACCAACUCGUAUAAUAAAGAAAUAUUCAUACUUACUCACAACAUUCAAGAGAAAUGUGAAAUCAUGUGAGAUAACCUCCUUGUAUACUGCAUAUAACAUUCGAAAAGAACUAUUACAUUCUUCUGCAACACGUGGACAAUGGAGAGUAUUAUUUUUCGGGACGGAUAAUUUCGCUCUCGAGAGUCUACGAAGUUUGUACAAUGAAUACAGAACUAAGAAACUAUUGCGAUUAGAAGUUGUGUCGGUAUACAAAAAGAAAACGAAUCCUAUUAUAAAAUACGCAGAGGAGAAAAAAAUUGUUGUUAAUAGAUGGCCUCUUGAAAAUAACCCGCAGGACUUUCAUAUUGGGAUAGUUGUUUCCUUUGGUCAUUUGAUACCAUUAAAUAUCAUCAAGUCUUUUCCAUUUGGCAUGAUAAAUGUUCAUGCUAGUUUACUGCCACGAUGGAGAGGAGCAGCCCCAAUAAUCUAUUCCUUAAUUAAUGGUGAUACAGAAACAGGAAUUACAAUCAUGAAAAUAAUGCCAGAAAAGUUUGAUAUAGGAGAGAUAAUAGCACAGGAGAGAACAGAUAUUCAUGCAGAUGAAACAUUACCGGAAGUGUAUGCAAAGUUAGCAAAAAUAGGAGCUGAUGUACUAGUUGACGUGGUAAGAAAACUACCGGAAAUAUCAUCCUUGAGACCUCAGGAAAGGAUAGGAAUAACAUAUGCACCUAAAGUUACAUCAAAGAUUUCUUUGGUCAAGUGGGACGAAAUGACGGCGAAGAAUGUGUAUGAUCUGCACCGCGGUCUCUUAGAAUUGUAUCCGCUAACGACCAAGUUCGGUGAUACAGUGAUAAAACUGUUUGACGUUCGGCAGGUGUCGAAAUCGACUGACGGAACAAAUCCGGAGGACGAUGAUGUACCAGGUUUCGUGCGAUUUGAUAAAAAAAGUAAUGCAUUAAUCGUGACAUGUAAAGGCCCAAGUUGGAUUUCGGUAAAGAAGGUGAUAGUAUCUGGUCGACCGCCUAUGAAUGCGGCGGACUUCAGAAACGGAUUUAUGCAGGACAAAAUGAAGAAACUAUUUUUUCGGAGUAACAUAAUAUAAUUUACAGUGCUGCCUCUGUCUUCGACACUGUAAAAUUCUUUUGUAAACCUAUAAAAAUUUCAACCAGGAACGGAUAAUUACAUUAAACUUUUAUUUACUAUAAUAGUUUUAGACUUAGAACGUACUAAAUAUAAUAUAGAGACGCAGUGACUUCACACUGUGAAAAUAAUAAGCUGCUUGUCGUGUGUUAAUACCUUCUUGAGCAUCGGAUGUAGAUAAAUUAUUUUGCUCAUCUCAGGCUUUGUAAUUUUGCAUUUAAAAUAGUAUCGUAUGUCUUCUUGCCUCAUGUAAAAAUAUUCUCUUUUGUACACUUCUUUUAUUUCUUACUCUACAAUUUACUUAGUAAUUCUUUACGUAAGAAUGCGCGCGUUAUAUGAAACUACAAAGCAUUAUGAUGAAAAAGUCGUUAAAAGAAUUCAUAAAAAAAAAAAAAAAAAAAAAGAAAACGAGUAGCGCGAA